UUCAAAAGUUAAAAGUCCCCCACAAAACAAUAGCCAUGUUAGACGUGUUUAGUACAAGUUCUAUCUCAGAAAACUUCUCCCCACCGACAGCGCCGCCGCCGCCAUCACCGGCGGUGAGCCGUUACGAGCUACAAAAGCGGCGAGACUGGAACACAUUCGGACAAUACUUAAAAAACCACAAGCCACCAUUGAUACUAUCAAGGUGCAGCGGAGCAAACAUUCUUGAAUUCUUAAAGUACCUAGAUCAGUUCGGAAAAACCAAAGUUCACAACUGUUGUUGUCCGUUUUUUGGACACCCUCAGCCGCCGGCACCAUGUACAUGUCCGUUGAAACAAGCGUGGGGCAGCCUUGACGCGCUAGUCGGUAGGCUACGCGCUGCUUUCGAAGAGAACGGAGGACGCGCGGAGACAAAUCCGUUUGGGGCGAGAGCAGUGAGGUUGUAUUUGAGGGAAGUGAGGGAUUCACAAGCUAAGGCAAGAGGGAUUGCUUAUGAGAAGAAGAAAAGAAAGAAUAAUAAGCGACAUUUUCAGGAGCAAGAAAAAGAAGGAGAUAAGAACUUGAAGCUGCCAUAGACAUAGUUACGUUGUUUCAUGAGCUUUUUUGAAUUUAGCUUUGUUGGAUGAUAUGUAUAGAAACCAGUUCUCUUUUUGAUAACCAACCCUAAUUUCCACCUCUUAGCUCCUUAGCUAGCCAAUGUGGAUAUAUAGUGCUCUUCCCUUUUUAUGUUAUGUUUUUGUUAGUACCAUCGUUUUGCUGCAAUUGAAAUUUUUAGUAA